AUCGCUGCUUCGCCGUCAAACUUUGCUUCCGCAUAAUUAAUUCACACCUUCACCUCCUCUCUCUCUCUCUCUCUCGCCUUUUCUGCGCAAGACAACCCGCCAGGCCUUCUGCGCUAGAUUCUUGGUACUCCAAGCAAAAUCCCCCCAUCUCCUCCUCUGCCUAGAAUUGAGAAACCUUAAAAACGUAGAGUAAAAAAUGAAAAAAUCCGGGCUUUUCGCUGCAUCCGUCGCCGCUGCCUCUGCAACUGCCAUCUCUGCGUCCUCAUCUCCUCCUCCUUCUCGCCAUCCCCCAAAGGAGGGUGCUUCGAACAACGAUCAACAGCAGAAGAGGACGGCAGCUCCGGCAGCGGAUAAGUUUGCUCCGAGAUUUGAUGGGCUGAGGUUCAUCGAAACGCUGAUUACUGCUCAUCGGUGAACAUAAAGAUGAGAAAGUAUUUGUAGAUUUCAUUCAUGCUGCUUCCUCUCUUUCUGGGGAUUCGAAAAAGAAAAAGGCAGCUGAUUCUCAAACACAGCCCGCCUAAUCAUUUCUGGUUUGAUUACCCACGAAUUAAACAGUAACAUAAUUUUUGACUUGUUUUUUUUUUUUCCUAUUAGUUUUCAGUUUCUUAUAAUUUGCCGCCCCUUUCCAGAAUUGUGAUAAGCUUUAACAGAGCAGGAAAGGAGAAUUGGAAUAUUAUUUGCACAAAUUUAGUAGUUUAAUGAUAUAGAUGCGGCUGAAUCGGAACUUGUCUUUCUUUCUCGUCUCUUUUCUCCAUUAUUUGUAUACUUUACGCGAAGACGGCCUGAUCCUUGAAUAUUGUUAGGUCAGUGAGGCCCCUCUUUCAGCCACAUGCUAGGAAAGGCUACAUGAUUGGUGGUUGGAUGGGAAGCCAUUAAGAUUGGUUACCCAUACCCAUGUUGACUCGCACGAAUCUACACAACAAAUUAAUUUCAACUAGAGCCCAAGUUUUUAAAUUCUAACCGGGUGCAGUAUAAAGCAAGUAUUUAAACUAUUAACCCGGGCUGAUCCAUGUACCC